UGUUCUUUCCACAAGAACAGCGGUAGUCAACAACGAUGAUGAACAAUACCCAUAAAAAUAUUCAGGUGUCCGUAUCGGCCCCCCUGCGUCCAGGAACACCGUCGUCCAAUGAUCGGAGAGAAUAGAGACGGUGGUGGACGGGAAUGGACGGCGAAUCCUUCGUCACGCGUCAGUACCAACUUAGAUGGUGGUCUCCUUCUUCUGGCUUUUCACGUUCCUCCUAUAUAAACUAAUGGUCCGGUCUAGGACGAAUGUCAGUUAACAUUUCAUUUGCCAGCUGGCCGGUCCCUGGUGUUUCAGCCUCUUCAAACUCGAAUCUCGGACAAUCUAAUGAUCGCCAAGUGCUUAGUUAUUCAUUUUAAGUGAUGUAUAUUUAAUCUUUCGUGAGAUACAGUGGAUAUUCUCAUUCUUCAUCAAAAGGAUUAAUUUUCUUUUUGAUCGUAUCGUUGGUGAACGAUCAGAUGCUACAAGAGGAUGCUGUUGCUGUUUCCGUUGCUCGUCUUGCCUCUUCUAACUGCAGCGGAAACCGUGCAACCUACGAUGAUGCAGGAACGAUGGAAAUUGCAGUUGAAGGACAAGGGAGAUCCUGUGGACUGGGUCGGUGAUGGGAUUUCCAAUGUGGUGGAUAAUGUUCUUCCUGUUGGACGGUUUUCUGUCGAAGGUAUUGCAGCUCGAAGAAGAAAGAAGCAUAAACUGAACAAGUACCUCAUACCCCUGAUCGUCGGAUUUAUGCUAAUUAAAUCCAUCCUGCUACCCAUCGCGUUGAAAACCCUGGCGGUUUUGAGCGGAAAAGCUGUGGUCCUCAGCCUGAUGAGCCUGAUUCUGGCAGCCAUUGUGGGAUUGAAGAAGGUGGCUCAAAGUCAUUCCGGGGGUGGCUACGAGGUGGUGAAUUUGCCUGCGAAUAAAUACAAAAGGCAGGAUUUUUUCGAAAUGACGGAGGAUGCUAUCGAAUCGGAGCCUUAUAAAUAUUACAGAGAACGACGUAAAAGGAAGUAAAAAAUUCUUGUUAAAAAUUGAAAGUCUAUU